ACGACUGCAAGUUCAUUGAGUGGCGUGGUGUGUUUUGUGUGAUUGUCUCUUUAAGAAGUUUCUGUAAUUUGAUUCUCACAAGAAUGACUUGCCCUCCAGAUACCUUGGCCAGCACAGACAGCCAUAACCGAACAACCACUGGAAAUUGCUUCUUUUGAAAAAGCAAAAAAUGCACGUUUCUGUGCUAGAGAAUAAAUACAAUAUGCGGCAUCGUUAGGGCAUUUACAAGAGCAUCAUCGUCUAACGAUUAUGAUGACUAAUUGCUUGGCAUAUUGCGUUUGUGCUUUUAACGGUAUGGAGCGUGAUGGUUUUCAGAAAAUAACACUAAGUGCAGGACGUAUGAUGUAUUUUUAACGAAAGAAGAAAGGGUUGAGCUGCUAUGGAGUUCUUCAACCAGCUGAUUCUUGCUGUCUCAGUGGCCAGUUUCAUCACGUUUCAAGUGCUAUUUCACUAUCUAAGCUCCUGGGUGUCUACCCGUGUCAGCCCUGGUUUUAAAAAACUAAGUGAAAAGCAGAAGAUAGAAUGGAACUCCAGGACAGUGUCGACUUUCCAUGCCUUGGUGGUUGGAAUGUUUUGUUUGUAUAUACUGCACUUCGAUGAUGCUGUCAACGAAGACCCUGUCUGGGGAGAUCCUGCACUGGUGAAACUAAAUGUUGCAAUAACAACUGGCUACCUCAUUUCAGACCUGCUGCUCAUUUUUUACCAUUGGAAGGCAAUCGGGGACAAGUUUUUUGUAGUACAUCACCUGGCAGCACUGUAUGCUUACUACUAUGUACUGGGCCAAGGAUUGUUGCCUUAUUUUGCUAACUUCCGUCUGCUUGCAGAGUUUUCCACUCCAUGUGUUAAUCAGCGCUGGUUCUUUGAAGUGUUAGGUUACCCAAAAUCUUCCAAGCCCAACAUAGCCAAUGGAGUCAUGAUGGCAGUAAUAUUCUUCCUGGUGAGGAUUGCUGUCAUGCCCAUAUACUACGAACGAAUGUUCUCCAUCUAUGGAACAGAAGCCUUUUACCGGCUGCCGUUUGGGGGUCGCAGUGCUUGGAUGUGCUCAAGCAUCUGUUUGGAUGUAAUGAAUGUGAUGUGGAUGCACAGAAUUGCCCGAGGAUGCUACAGAGUUCUACGUUAUAGGAAGAAAACUGAAGAGGACGCACAGCAGAACGGCAAAAUUGACUGACCUGGGCACUUUAACUGCUAUAAUUACUAUUUUAAGUGGUUGUCUAUUAAUAUACUCAUGCAACUGUUAAUAUAAUGGGAUUAAUCAACUCUGUUUUUAUUUUAUUUUUUGCAAGUUACGUAAUCUAAUGUUUCAAAAGACUUACAAAGCUUCACCUUGAUGAGGCAUAAAACUUCUAAAGAUUAACCGUUAUUUUAUUUUAAGUGGAUAUGUGGGAAAUUACUGACUUUUAGUUAAUAGGCAGCAAUACUUUUUUUGUGUACGGCAGAACUGCAGGUCGCACACAUUUUAGUAAUCUUAAUAAUUAGUAGAUCUACGUUGAGAAAGGCCUCUCAAUUUUUAAAAAGAUUAACCAAAAUGCUGGUCAUAUGCUUUAUGUUACCAAUGUGAUUUUAUAUUGAACCUUUUUAAAAGAGAAGAAACAAACUAAUUCUGUUUGGGUAUACCGUGAUGUAAUUGACUUGAUCCAGGUGGAAUCCAUACAUCUAUAUAUAGUUUUUAAGGAAGUCAAAACUUGGCAAGCUGCUUUUUGUUGGAGCUAAAAUAACUUCUGAGAGAUGUUUUACAAUUCUGUGGACAGUCAAUCAGGUGAAUAUUCUAAAAUGAAAAUAAGUCCUGUUUUGGAACACAGAUAUAUUAAUGAGGCAUGACAAAAAUCUGAUGAGCUGUGGAACAAGUCUGAAAACUGACCAGUGAUAUGAUUACCCACUGAAGAGUGCCAGUCAGCAAAACAAAUGUUUGUAGUGCAAUAAAAGCUAUUGGAUGUAAAACUUAUUUCUACACUCACUCCGAGUAGGAGCUUAAAUUCUAAGUCAAGAACAUUUUGGAUGUACAGCCUUGCAAGAUUUUACAGACUAGUAAAGUCCAAAGAUUGUGCCAAUCCAUGGAUGAAGUGGUCAAACAGACUUGGCUGCUACCUCUGUCUACACCAAGGCUGGAUAGAGAUCCUAUUUGUAGUUCAAAAAAUAGACUUGUUUUUACUUUUGUUUCUUUUAUCGGAAAAGGGAAUAGAAGUGCACUUAUGCCUGAUCUACAGCUGCUUGAGGUAUCACUAGGUUUGUUAGACAUUUUUGGAAAGGCUACACAAGAAAUAUAUUGUCCUAGUGGCAUCUGCUUGCAUUUGCCAGCCACAUAUUGUAUUGGUAUAAAUUGACUGAAGUUGAAGAUGUUAGCUGUUGGUGUUUUACCAAUUCUAUGUUCACAAAAUAUAAUGUUUUGUUAUGAUGUACUAUGUGAAGAUGCAUGCUGCAAUGUUUUCUCAGAAUGUUUGCGUAAUAAAGCUGAGGGUUAAUUAGAGCUCUCAGUCACAUAAAGAUAUUUAAAAAUGUAGUUUUUAGAUAUCCAGAAAAGAAAGAGUAAAUGAAGUAGGGUGGGGAUCCAGGUAAAGUUGCUGCUUUUAAAGAGCACUCACUACAAAUGUUUCCUGUUAGCAAAGACAAAUGCACGCUUAGGACUUUGCACACAAAAUGGUGGGGUCUUUUCUGCCAGAUACCUCAUUUAUAAUAACUUAACAACUUGCAAAUAAUGCUGAACCAGCAUGCCUGCAUUUAAAUACAAAUAUAUUUAAUCUAUGUAUGGAAAAGUAUGGUAUGAAUUAAAAAUACUGUUCAUGAUGUAUCUAGAUAUUAAAACGAGGAAUUAGCUCAAAAUCACAUACUAUAAGCUAAGUGAUGCUUGCACUCAAGUCAUGUGGUUUUUGUUUUUUCUUUUGGAAAACUGUUAAUCCAUAACUGUUAUUCUCUAAAUUUAUAAGACUGUGUAAUUACCUUUGGCAAACGUGGCAACAACAGGAAGUAGAACAAAUGGGGGAGUUUAAUUUCAUGAAAGUUUUAUGUUUUAUUUUUUGUAUUUUCCACUUGUCAUUUAUUUGUAACCUGAUGAAUAUUCCCUUUUAACAUAAAUGUGCAUGCUUUGUAAAAAUCGUAAUUCCACAAUCGCAGCACGUCUUUUUAUUGGGACGGGAUAAAAACAAAAGUAUAGCUCAGUGUUAGAAAUUGACAGACAAUACAUUACUGUGUUAAUCUGUUAAUACAGUGUUUUAUAUGUUGGGUUAUUUAUGAGAACUUGUUUUAAGAUCAUUGUUAUUGCUGCAUUUACUUUAUGGCUAAAAGUCCUCUUUUCUCUUAAUCUGAUUCACUCAUUUGUAGUAACAGAAGUAGUUACUUAACAGUGGAAGUAAAACAAUGGUUCAGAUGUUAUAAUGGAAUAUUCUUUUGUGUGUGGUUUUUUUUAAUUAUUAUUAUUUAAUUAAUACAAAAAAUAUUUUUAAACGUAAAUAUAUUUUUUUAUUUUUGUUUUGUUUGCUAAAAUUUGGGAAGGGGGGGGGGGGUAUAAGGAAUUUGAUGGAAAACUUGUGGCCGCAUGUAAUUUGCGUUUUGUUUGGAGGAAUGCGUAUUUUAGUAUUCUGGUUGCCUUUUUAUAAGCAUUUUUUUCUUGCAUCAUACUUUCUGUUUUACUCAAGCCACAUUACCGGUAUUUAAAAUAUUAACUUUGCUGAUAACUUACUUUUUAAUCUUAUUGAAAUUUAUUAGAACAUGCUGUGGAUUAUCAUGCUGUGAAUAAAGUCUGUAAGGUGGUGGUAGGGAGAUGUUUUUUAUUGACUUUUCGCUCCCUUAAACUUUUAGCAUAUAAAUUACAAAAGAUCAGUGAAAAGGAAACUGAAUGGACUACAAUAUUUAUUUAAAAAAUAAAUUCACAUAAUGUACUUAAACAGGAAACAUUUAAUACAUGCCAACAGUAAUUCAAAAGUGUUUAUUUGAGAGUAAGCAGUUCAUAAGGAAGUUCUUUUAAAGUUGCUGUAAUUGUCACAGUUUUUUGUUAUUGCAAAUUCACAGUUGUUAAAACAGUAAAAACAUUCAGAAGAAAUCUAGUACUGGUCACAGUAAUAUUGUUAAGUAUUUUAGUACUGUUUUGUUGCUCAAUGGAAAUACAAGUUUACAAUCUCUCUGUACCUCCUAUUUCUUAAAUGUUUGCAUUGCUUUUUCAUUCUUUAUUCCAAUUUUACAUGUAUGUGUCAUCAUUUUGUCUGUUAAAUAUAAGAAUGUGUCUUGCCUGCAUAAAAGCAAUACAUUUGUGAGAAUAUAAUUGCCAAUAAAUUAUUCAGAUCUACAGUA